AAGAAAAGAUUGGUGAUCGCAAAUCAGACAUGUCAAACGUGAGUUUUCUUGAGUUGCAGUACAAGCUCUCCAAGAACAAGAUGUUGAGGAAGCCUUCAAGGAUGUUCUCUAGAGAUAGACAAUCCUCAGGGCUAUCUUCACCUGGACCAGGAGGCUUCUCUCAGCCUUCUGUGAAUGAGAUGAGACGUGUUUUCAGCAGGUUUGAUUUGGAUAAAGACGGGAAAAUCUCUCAGACUGAGUACAAGGUGGUGCUGAGAGCGCUAGGACAAGAGCGGGCGAUCGAGGAUGUGCCUAAGAUCUUUAAGGCUGUGGAUCUGGACGGUGAUGGGUUUAUUGAUUUCAGGGAGUUUAUUGAUGCAUACAAGAGAAGUGGUGGGAUUAGGUCUUCGGAUAUACGAAAUUCUUUCUGGACUUUUGAUUUGAACGGCGAUGGGAAGAUAAGCGCAGAGGAAGUGAUGUCGGUUCUGUGGAAGCUUGGUGAGAGAUGUAGCUUAGAGGACUGCAACAGGAUGGUUAGAGCUGUUGAUGCAGAUGGUGAUGGAUUGGUUAAUAUGGAAGAGUUCAUCAAAAUGAUGUCUUCCAACAAUGUCUAACCAUAUCUCUCUCUGUUGAUGUAAUCAAAGUUCAUUAUUCAUACGAUCUAAUUU